GGCUCUUGUGUCUACUUCCCAAGUAACCUUCGACCGGAAGAAGAAGAUGGAGGAGCUUUGUCGUCCUUGGAGGAAGCGUCUCAAGAGUGCGCCUGACUAAGGGACCAACAUGAGAAAGAUGACGAGAUUGCCAUGGAGCUAAAGGGGCAGUUCGAUAGUUGUCAGGUCAAGCGUCUCGAGUUGCACAAACGGGCCACCCUGGCAGAGCAGCUGGUCGGUUUGCCGAAGACGGCUGGGAUCAAGUUCCAUCACGUCAAUCUCCCCACAAGGGAGUCUAACCUAACAUGCAAUGCGGAGAGUUUUGCAAGGAGGCGGUGGCUCGCUUUCAAUAGUCCUUUGCAUAUGCUUCCUCCCUUGAGGAUAAUGCCCGCCAUGAGCUUCCCAAGUUCGUGGGAGAAAUCCACUUGGGAGAAGAUCAUCAUUCAAUAUGACAUCCACUUCCUUGAGUCCUUCCCAGCCAGUGAAUCCUUCUUGGGAGAUCUUGCCAUCGGUAGCUUUUGGAAGGGUGACGAGGAGAGACGUUUGUCACUGUGUUCAGAGCUUGUGCCGAUCCUUCUUCCCAAGGCCUCUCCCAGCUUCAUCCUUACUGCUCCCUCGUUCCCUUGGGAUUUUGUUGCAGCUUGGAAGAAGUUCACCGAGCCGGAGGUGGUCUCUAAGCUAGGGGAACCUCCCGCCGAGUAGCAUGUUUUUUCCUUUCUUUCUUUUGCAAAUUUCUUAUAGUAAGACUCGGUGUAGUAUCGUUUAGUAUUUCCUUGGAUCUGAUUGUGUAAUGACAUUCCUUUCUUGCCCGACUUUUGUUUUUUGGUUCCUUCGCAAUUAUUCUGAUGCCUUCUGGUGCUGAAGUGAGAUCCGACUAUCAGAUAGACCUU